CUCCCCCAACCUCUUCUUUCUUUCUCCCAAAACUAGUCACCAUGGUUAACUUCACCGUCGACCAGAUCCGGGCCCUUAUGGACAAGCCCACCAAUAUCCGUAACAUGAGUGUCAUUGCUCAUGUCGACCACGGAAAGUCCACCCUCACCGACUCCCUCGUCUCGAAAGCUGGUAUCAUCGCGAGCGCGAAGGCUGGAGAUAUGCGGUUCACGGAUACAAGAGAAGACGAAAAGGAACGUGGUAUCACGAUCAAGUCGACUGGUAUCUCCAUGUACUUCGAGGUCGAUAAGGAGGAGGUCUCUGCGAUCAAGCAGCAGACCGACGGUACCGAGUUCUUGAUUAACCUGAUCGAUUCCCCUGGACACGUUGACUUCUCCUCAGAGGUCACGGCUGCUCUCCGCGUCACCGAUGGUGCCCUCGUCGUCGUCGACUGUAUCGAGGGUGUCUGUGUGCAAACCGAGACUGUGCUCCGUCAGGCCCUUACCGAGCGUAUCAAGCCCGUCGUCGUCAUUAACAAGGUCGACCGUGCUCUCCUUGAGCUCCAGGUGUCGAAGGAGGACCUCUUCCAGUCGUUCUCGCGUACCAUUGAGUCCGUCAACGUCAUCAUCUCGACAUACAACGAUGCUGCUCUUGGUGACGUACAAGUUUAUCCCGAAAAGGGUACCGUCGCCUUCGGUUCCGGUCUCCACGGAUGGGGCUUCACUCUCCGUCAGUUCGCUUCUCGCUACGCGAAGAAGUUUGGUGUAGACAAGGAGAAGAUGAUGCUUAAGCUCUGGGGCGACAACUACUUCAACCCUGCCACCAAGAAGUGGACGACCAAAAGCACCGAUGCGGACGGCAAGCCCCUCGAGCGUGCCUUCAACACCUUCGUGCUCGACCCCAUCUUCCGCAUUUUCGACGCCGUUAUGAACUUCAGGAAGGACGACGUUACGAAGAUUUGCGAGAAGCUCGAAAUCAAGCUCGCUCAGGACGAGCGCGAGCUCGAGGGCAAGGCGCUCCUCAAGGUCGUCAUGAGGAAGUUCCUUCCUGCUGGUGACUCCCUCCUGGAGAUGAUAGUCAUCAACCUUCCCUCCCCCAAGACCGCUCAGCGCUAUCGUGUCGAGACGCUCUACGAGGGUCCCAUGGACGACGAAUCCGCCAUUGGUAUCCGCGAUUGCGACCCUAACGGUCCCCUCGUCUGCUACAUCUCUAAGAUGGUGCCGACGUCCGACAAGGGUCGGUUCUAUGCGUUCGGUCGUGUCUUCUCCGGUACCGUCCGUGCUGGUCCCAAGAUCCGUAUCCAGGGCCCCAACUACGUUCCGGGCAAGAAGGACGACUUGUUUGUCAAGUCGAUCCAGCGCACGGUGCUCAUGAUGGGCCGUUACGUCGAGCCCAUCGAGGACUGCCCUGCCGGCAACAUCAUCGGUCUCGUCGGCAUUGAUCAGUUCUUGCUCAAGAGCGGUACUCUCACUACCUCCGAGACCGCGCACAACAUGAAGGUCAUGAAGUUCUCCGUGUCCCCUGUCGUGCAGGUCGCUGUCGAGGUCAAGAAUGCUGCGGAUCUCCCUAAGCUCGUAGAGGGUCUCAAGCGUCUCUCGAAGUCGGAUCCGUGCGUGCAAACGUCGAUUUCAGAAUCCGGUGAGCACAUCGUCGCCGGUGCCGGUGAGCUUCACUUGGAGAUCUGCUUGAAGGAUCUCCAAGAGGACCACGCUGGUGUUCCCCUCAAGAUCUCGGACCCCGUCGUCGGUUACCGUGAGACCGUCAGGGCUGAGUCUUCCAUCGUCGCGCUCUCGAAGUCGCAAAACAAGCACAACCGUCUUUACGCGAAGGCACAACCCAUCGACGAGGAGCUCACGCAGGCCAUUGAGUCCGGAAAGAUCAGCGCCCGCGACGAUUACAAGGUCCGCGCUCGUAUCCUCGCCGACGAGUUCGGCUGGGACGUCACCGACGCCCGUAAGAUCUGGUGCUUCGGUCCCGAUACGACUGGCCCCAACGUCCUCGUCGAUAUCACCAAGGGUGUACAAUACCUAAACGAAAUCAAGGAUUCGUGUGUUGCUGCCUUCCAGUGGGCGACCAAGGAGGGUGUCCUUUGCGAGGAGAACAUGCGUGGUGUCCGUGUGAACAUCCUCGAUGUGACGCUUCACACCGAUGCCAUUCACCGCGGAGGUGGACAGAUCAUCCCUACGUGUCGGCGUGUCACGUACGCUGCGUGCUUGCUCGCGGAACCCACGCUCCAAGAGCCGAUCUACCUUGUCGAGAUCCAGUGUCCCGAGAACGCGAUAGGUGGUAUCUACUCUGUGCUCAACAAGCGUCGUGGUCAGGUCUUCAGCGAGGAGCAGCGUGUCGGCACGCCCAUGUUCACGGUCAAGGCGUACCUGCCCGUAAACGAGUCGUUCGGCUUCAACGGGGAACUCCGUUCGCAGACCGCUGGUCAAGCGUUCCCUCAGUGCGUCAUGGACCACUGGGAGGUGAUGAACGGCUCGCCGCUCGACAAGGGCAGCAAGGCCGAGGAGCUCGUCAAGAACAUCCGUACGCGCAAGGGUCUCAAGCCCGACAUUCCUCCCCUGGAUACUUACUACGACAAGCUCUAGAAGGGAGGUUGUACGAGUGCAGAAGUCCAUCGAUGUGCCAAUGUGUCCCACUGUACUUGUGUUAUCAGCCGACCCUGUCUUUUUUUAGCAUCCUCUCGUCUCCCACUGUUGUAUUCUCAUUCUACGGCGAUCGCGCAGAUGCACGCUUACGUCCCACGCAAUGUCAUGAACCUUGAAUCAU